AUGGUCACCAUCCAUUGCGGCCCGGAGAAGAAAGUCUUCCUUGCUCACAAAGACACGAUCUGCGCCACGUCAGAGUACUUCAAGGCCGCUUGCACGAAGCAAUGGGUGGAGGGCCAGACAGGAGUGAUAGAGUUGGCGGACGGGAAACCUGACACCUUCCAAACCUACCUUCACUGGACAUAUACCAAGGAGUUCGAUCUCACGAACAUGUUCGCCAAUACACGCAAACGCUGCUGUUACGGGUGGCGCGACAUGACCGCUCUCUGGACACUCGCUGACUACCUCGGCAACCGGGAACUUCGCAACGCAUGCAUCGACAUCAUUUAUGCGCAGAUGAAGGCACAACCAGCUCGUGGCAUCAGAGCUUCAACCGUCGUGGAAAUCUUCGAAUACACUCCGUCAGGAAGUGGCGUGCAACGGCUUAUCGCGGACCAUGUGGCAUUCUCUGCCGGCAAGGACAAAUCCAUCGAACCAAUCGAGCAGCAAAUCGCGGGCCUACCAACAUACGUAGUCGGGAUCAUGGCGAAAAAGUACUACGACGCGCUGACCGACAAGUCCGCUCUGUGGCCAGCCGGACGCUGCAGCUACCACGAUCACGAGGAGGGCGAAUCAAAGUGUGAAGAAUAG